AUGGCUUCCGACAGAAUCACCAGGCUUCCUGACAACGUCAUCGACGAAAUUCUUAAACACUUGCCGUUGAAAGAUGUGGUGAGAACUAGUGUACUAUCAAGAGAAUGGAGGUAUAAGUGGUUAUCAGUUCCACAUCUAAAUUUCGAUCACGACUUCAUGGAAUCGUUGCCUUCAGAAUGCCCCCCUGAAUGUGUCAUUUCUCACACACUGCUAUUACACAAAGGACCCAUUCGAAAGAUUUCACUUGAAUAUACUAACUCUGGCCAUAUGGUUGUCGAUCGCUGGCUCAAGAUCUUGAAAAGCAACUGUAUUGAGGAGUUCUCACUCCAAGUUUGGACCGAAACCACUCUUUAUGCCUUACCUAGUGAUCUAUUAAGUUUUCAUCUCCUGAGGCAUCUGCAGCUUACUUUAGUUGAGAUCACUUUGCCUACUACUUUCCGAGGUUUUCCUGAGCUUGUCAAGCUUAGUCUUGAACAUGUCCAGAUUACCUACGAUGAGCUACGCAUGUUUAUCUCUAGCUGUCCGAAGCUUGAGUGGAUGUCUCUGCACGAGCUGACAGAAACAUUUUGGGUACAUGAUGUUGAUGCUCCUAAAAUCAAAUACUUGGAGCUUGUAGGAAUCAGCGUCGAACUGGCCCCUACUUUCAAUGGUUUCAGUUUGCUUGCCAAACUUAGGCUUCAUAUGGUCGACAUUGCCCCACAAGAGUUGCAAAGGUUUCUAUCCGAAUGUCCAUUGCUUGAGUUGGUGUCCAUUGCUUGA